CGAAGGGGGCGGUGCUAUGAAAGCUCCUUGCUGUGUUGUCAGCUCUUGGGAAGAGAAGUCUGAGCAGCGGGGGUCUUUCAGAGCAGAGAAAGAGACCCCCCUUCCCCCGAUUGCCCAAGGCCAGGCUUUUCCAGUUAAUCCACAUUGGAGAGAGACAUUUUCUUCCUUUUUCUAUUGCAAGGGCUGCUAAUCUGGAAACAUGAAUGUGGGCACGGCUCACAGUGAAGUGAACCCGAACACUCGGGUCAUGAACAGCCGGGGCAUCUGGCUCUCUUACGUCUUAGGCAUCGGCCUUCUACACGUCAUCCUCCUCAGCAUCCCCUUUUUCAGCGUCCCUGUGGUUUGGACUCUAACCAACAUCAUCCACAAUAUGAGCAUGUAUAUUUUCUUGCACACGGUCAAAGGGACGCCGUUUGAAACUCCCGAUCAGGGGAAAGCCCGGCAUCUCACCCAUUGGGAACAGAUGGAUUAUGGUGUCCAAUUCACAGCUUCCCGCAAAUUCCUGAUGAUCACACCAAUUAUACUUUAUUUUCUUACCAGUUUCUACACGAAAUAUGACCGGACGCACUUCAUCAUCAACACCAUCUCCUUGAUGAGCGUCUUGAUUCCCAAACUACCCCAGCUGCAUGGUGUCCGGAUCUUUGGAAUCAACAAGUACUGAGCUCGGGUAUAUAUUUUUUACAAUAUCCCUUCUUGUGAGCUGUGAGAGUCCAGUUUGAGGACCCCACUUCCUUACUUCUGGCUGCAUCUUCGGGAUACACAUCCAAGGUGGCUCUUUUCAAGCGGGCAUGUACGACGCCGGAUUCCAAGAUCCAAGAAACCUGAACUGGCUCAAGCGAUGCCUGAAUCCUAGAUAGAGCUUAACUUGCCGAAAGACAUGGGGAAGCUAAGACUGAUUAGCAUUAUUACCGUAGUAUUUUAUUUUCCUCCUGAGAAUCUGAAAAUAGAUGCAGGCAGUCCUGCAGUUUGAAAGGUACUCAUAGCUUGUGCUCCAGGGGGAUAAAAGACAUCCAGCCCAGAAGGUGGAACACAUGUAGAAA